AUGUUUUCCAUUGCCGGAUUAUCCAGUGGAUCAAUUUGCAAUCUGAUUACCCUUUUUGAGAAUUGUCACUUUGAAUCUCCAUCACUUCACGGCGUGUGCUUGGCUCUGCUCAUUGCCUUCUUGUUCUAUUUAUUCUUAGCGACAGCGAAGACACCCAAUAUCUCACCCCCCUGUGAGAUAAUAAUCGAACAGGCAGAGCGGACAAAUCGUCGUAAUGGACACGAAAAUUCGGGCUUCCUAUCCAAACAGGCUGGGUUUCUUCCUCUCGAGACAAUGAAGACACUUCCACCCACGCAUGCCGUAUGGGACCAACUGGCUGCUGAUCUACCUCACCUGGUCCAAACUCAGUCUGUCCGGAAAAGAGUUACUGAGAUGCCAUUGCUCGACGCAUCCGCCGAAGCUUUAUCUGAAAUUUACCUUCAACGGGCCGCCAGCAUCCUCGGAAUUACAGCCCAUGUGUUUGUCCGAAUGGAAGGAAGCGAGCCGCUUACUAGAAAAUACGCCUAUCACAGCGACAUACUGCCUCCAUCACUUGAGGUCCCGUGGACUGUUGUGUCCAAUUUCACAUCAACGUGCUUAUCGCGCUCUGGAGUGACCCUUGAGAACUUGGAUGUACUCAUUCCAGCCAUCGGCACCAAAGAAGAGCGAGUAUUUAUUGGGGUAGCCAUUGAAAUGGCUGCGCAGACCAUACCAAUUCUCCAUCAUAUCAUUGAGGCCCAAAGAUCAGUCUUGGCUCGUGAUAAUUCCUCCCUCAAAGAUGCAAUACGAAGUCUACAUCUUCUCUCAAAACAGCUUACCAAAACUCUGGGUAAGCUCCACGCUAAUAGAGCUCACAACUCCCAUAUCAAUCCUAUCUUGUGGACACUCACCAUGGCGAAUCUCGGAAUUCCCUGGGUGACAGGUGUGGUUGGGGCUGCAGGUACGGCGCAUCCUUUCUUUCACAUGAUGGAUGAGUUUAUCGGACGCUCGAAGUAUAAGACUAGUAUCGGCAGAGAAGCGCAAACUGUCCGGGAGACGUAUCCUAUCCACAGGCGCCAGUUUCUUGAAGCUAUUAUGGAAGUUUCUGUCCCGGAGUACGUUGCCGCUUCGGCUGAUCCAGAAUUAGUGAACUUUUGGACGAUAUUUACGUACUCAUACCACGGCAACGAUGGUCUUCUUGGAUUUCACCGGCGAAAGGCGUUCGGCUUCCUUGCUGUCUCGUUUAAAAUUGGUCGAGGUACAACUAUCAAUGGUCUAGGUCACAAACAAAAGACCGAGCCUUGGCAAGAAGCUGACCGAGAAUUGGAGAACGCACGUCUCGAACGCCACUGUCAUGACCCGGAUGAAUAUGAUCCCAAAACCGAGCCUACUUCCAACAAAAUCUUCAUUUCCCAGCUCAUAAAGCAUAACUCAGAAGAGACUGGGCAUUGGUUCUCGGCCAUGGGAAGUGUUUACGACCCAAGCAAAUUUAUGCAGAGGCAUCCAGGAGGAGAUACCGUGAUCGCAUUGUACAGUGGACAAGACAUCACUGACAGCCUAAAAGCUGUCGGCCAUCUGACGAACCCUUCGACCCGCAGUAGACUGGAGAGCUAUCGAAUAGGGACCCUGGAGAGACCAAAGUUCAACUCCUCACUGGCAGAUGAGCUUUACAUGGCGACGGUUGAUUUGGGCCAAAAGGCAGCCGAGAUGGAAAACGUGCACCGGGCAAACUUCCAGUUAUUGGAUGGGAAAUUCACCAUACUAGAUGAGCCCGAGGUUCUCACACCCUCGAAAGCACGCCAUUUGUUUGAUGCAAAGAACAGGCUUCAGGAUGAGCAUGUGCCGGCGCUAGCAAUGCUUGUGAAUGCCUUACUCGACAGUAUCGCGAGAGUGAACACGAAAGUCAACAUUAGUACCAUUCGUGCACAACUGGUCAAUCUUGCUGAGUCAGAAACGAGAUUGAGCACUGCAACCCUCUUUUCAGAGUAUACAAUGGCGGUGAAUACGCUACAGAAAGACUUGAGUCGGCUGACGAAAGUGAAAGAGCUCGUUGUCGUGCUACUUGAGAAUCUCGAAGGGCAUUGCUUCACAAAUCCUGAGCAGAGUCAGCUUGAAUUCAUAGUAGAGACAUUGAGUCGAGCAGUAAGUGAAUUGGUGAUGCUUGCUGGGAAAUGA